GUCAAGUGGUGAGCUAUUUGAUAUCCAUUCAUCCAUAUAAAGUUUGAAAUCACGACGUUAGCCUAAGGUCAAUUUAAACAUCAUCAAAUUAGAUUUAACACUAUAUAGAUCAAGCAGUGACCAGGAUAUAUUAUUCAUUUCUAAAUAUAAAUGUUACUGAAGUAAAAUAAGAGUAUUAUGAAGUUCGUGUAUGUAAGUUUUGUUUCGUUUUAUGUAGUGAAAUGUGUGGUAACGCAGAAUUGCAUCCCAGAAUCACCAAACCAAGCGAGUUGGAGUAAAGAAGUAUUCCCGAAUCCUCAAAUGGACAUUGCAAGGUGUGGAAGGGAUUGUAAAACGUCUUGGAUUUGUGAUCCGGGGCAAAUACUGUCAAGUCAAAGAGCGGACGAACUCGACUCCUUUAUAAAUGAGAUUGCAAACUCUGGAAAAUGCGAAUGCUCACAGUGCUCCGGUCAAGAUGGUUUUAAUAUAUCUGUGGCUUUGGUUCCAUCCAUUAACAGUGUAGGAUUUAGUGAUAAGGAGACAAAAGCAAGGGAAUUUGCAGAAUAUCUAAGAAAAAAGACAUGGAAUUUUCAGAUCUGUGGAAACAACAUUGUCAUAUUAGUAUCCAGAGAUGACAGGCAGGUUUAUACAGACGCCGGUCCGUUGGCUUACCAAUCACUGACUUUGGAUUGUAUAGAGGAAGUAUACGAAAAUGUUAGACCUAGAUUUACUGAAGGCCAUUAUUAUGAAGGUUUGCGGGAAAUGAUAGAACAUUACAGAACUACGUUAGAAAAUGGCAACUGUAACCACAUAGAGACAACAGACGGAAUAGUCGGUGUUAUAGUAGGAAUUGCUUUUGGCGCGGUUUUUGUAUCGAUUGUGAUAGUUGGGAUGUGUAUUUGUCGGCGAGGAAGUGGUAGCUGUUACGCAGCUAAUACGGGUCACUACGGAAACCAUCAUCGUCAUGGGGGAGGAGACGGCGGUGGUGGUGGAUUUUCAGGAGGCGGAGGAGGAGGAUUUUCUGGUGGUGGAGGAGGAGAUGGAGGGGGCGGUGGGGGCGGGGGAUUUUAG